AUGUCUUCCAACGAGUUCAGAUCCUACGUUUUCCUACCUGAAUAUAUCCUUGAAUACGUUGUUGGUGAAAAUAACCCUAGAAUCGAUCCCGACCUCUUCAUAACUAAAGCUACUCCCUCACAGAUUGUGGAGGUGAUCUUAGCAUUUCAUCCUCAUCUCCAAUUUACUGAAAACGCUUGCAACAAUCAUGAGCUCCUCUUGAAAGUUUUCAUCGAAAUGAUUGCUCCAUGUUUAUCUAGAUUAGUCACCUCUUUCAACCACAAUCAAAACUAUGUUCAAGCCUUAUGUCGAGCUCCCAUCUACAUCCCUGCGGAAUCUACCAGAGUGAUCAACUCUAGUGUGGAUCUUGACACCAAACGAAUUGGGGACUUCAACCUAUGGGGUCUCACGAACUUCAAGAACGGGAAAUAUCGACUUGCAUCCAAACAAUUGAAUGCGUACUUCCUCAAUACUUAUAAGUAUCUGAACAAAGAAGAGCUUGAUGAACUCAAGUCUAGCGAAACCAAUGCCAUCAAGGCUCUCCAUGAGACUUUACACCACCUUCAAGAUUCCCACGUGUCUAUCAAAAGUAUUCAGCUUCGGUUAUGUCAGCCCAAACUCUCACGAACCAAACGUGAGGACCUUGAGGAGCAGUUGAAAUGUGCCAAGGCCUCAUCGAGAUCUCGUCAGGAUAUGUUCAAUAUGGGUGUACAAGAUAUUGGAUUUGUUACCGCGUUUCUCAAGCAUCAUAGGGACAUCCUCGACAAACAUCAACUAUCUCAUUCAGCUAAUUAG